AUGGCAAUUGGGAAUGGAAAAGACGACUUAUUUGGCGACUUGAUUUCAGCUGUCAAGAUUGCGGUGCGAAACUCACGGCACCAUGUCAUCCAGUCCUGGUUCUGGAUUCCGGUUGGAAUCUUGGCGGUUCUGGCCGCCUGCUUUGGGGUCAACCAGAUUUUGAGGGUUGCGAGAAUCACUUUCCCAGCUUCUGUGGCCUGCCUGCUGGUUCUCUUGUUCACGUUGCUGCUUUCUGAGCGAUUUCUCGGAGAGCAUUGGACUCGCAAAUUUGUGAAUCUCAUCGAGAUACCGUGCGGAUGGUCUCUGCGGUGGAUCAAUGUUUUCUUCAGUCCGUCUUUCGUCUUGCUGCCUCUGAGUCCGCCGAUAGGAGCGGUCGAAGUGUUCAAAAUCAUCGCGGUAUUCGUCGUCGGGUAUCUUGUCGGGAUGGCGGUCACUGCAUACAUGGUUAGAGGACUACAGGUCGCCCUAGGGACUUCCAAACGAGCCAUGACGGAGCGUGCCGAGGAGUUGGGCGCAGAAAGUGACGAUAUCCCUAUGUCUGUCACACCAAGAGGCGGCGAAACUCCUACCCCCCUCACAAUAUCAGCAGUCCCGUCGUCGACCAACAUGCUUCUUCAGCCGCCACCGACAUCUCGAGCCCCCUCGCAAGCUUCCUCGCAAGCCCGUAGCGAAGAAUUGGCCCCGGAAGCAAGCUCUGAAGCAAACGGUGUCCUUGAACACGUGCCCUCCCUGUCAUCCCAAGCACCAGAGCCGUCCUCACGAUCAGCACUCUGGGCCGCCGAGCUCACGAGCCGCCUCCCUGCACUAAUUUACCUCUCCAUAUUUCUCUUCGUAGGAAUCCCCAUAUACUACGUCCUCGACUACGCUAUGCCCAUGCAACUUUCCUUCGCGGUACUAACCUACCUCGGCGCCCUCUCGAUCCCCUCCAACUGGCGCCAAUACCUUCACCCUGUGCUCGUAUCGGCGCUCUUCACCGCCAUCGGCCUCUGGAUCCUCGCCCUCAUCAAGGGGGGCACCCUCACCACCGCGCUCACUGAAUACAAAACUGGUGCUAAGUACCUUGCCCUGUGGGAGGGGGACCACAACCUCCCGGGUGCGGGAGACAUAUUCAGCAGUGUUCUAGAUGUUAGUAUCGUCGCCCUCGCUUUGCCGAUGUUCCAAUAUCGUCGCGAGCUGCGCCAACAUUUCUUCGCUAUUGUGGUGCCGAGCAUUGUCAUGUCAAUUGGUUCCCUGUUUGCCUACCCAUAUAUCUCGUGCAUUAUCGGGAUUUCCGCCGAAAGGAGUCUGGCCUUCGCGUCAAGGAGUUUGACGCUGGCGUUGGCAAUUCCGGCGACCGAUAGUCUGGGCGGCGAUCCGUAUACGGUUGCGGCGGUGGCGAUUACGAGUGGGAUUUUUGGGGCGUUGUUUGGGCAGAAGAUAUUGGCCCUGUUUAGGAUUCCAGAAGAUGAUUAUGUCACGAGAGGCGUUACACUGGGAGCCAACUCGUCAGCCAUUGCUACCGCUAUGCUGCUGCGAUCGGAUCCUCGCGCUGCUGCGUUGUCCAGUCUGUCGUUGAGCAUAUUUGGUACCAUCACAGUGUUGUUUGCGGCUAUUCCGAUUAUUGCGAACACGGUGAGGUUCACGGUGGGUUUACCGGCAUUAUAG